AUGAUUACCGUAGUGACUGAGGAGUAUUUUCCAGACAAAUACAGAAGGUACAGUAACUGUCAAAGACAGACAAAACAUCACUAUUAACCAUUUUGAGGUGGGGAAUCACUUUAUCAUGACCAAAAAAAAAGCACAAUUGCACAGUUUGAGUGAAGUUUUUAUGACAGUGUGUUUGAAUUUUUUGAAUCUCAUACAAUACCUUAAAAUUUCUCAAAAAUUCAGACUGCGACAAAGAAUCACUCUCUAAUGUCAGGCCCCUAAAACUUGGCCAUUUUGUAUUUUUGAAUGCUCUUGGGGUUUCGAGGAAUUAGUCUAUUUUUUAACACAAUAUUUUUUCAUUAUUAUUGACAAGGUCACUUGACUCUUAUGAGCAAAGAGAUAGCCAGUUUCAAGCUAUUGAAUAGUCGGGGGCUAAUGAAAAAGUGGGUGGUCAAUGGAAAAAAAAUGAGCCUUUCCCCUCGUCCCCUCUUUUUUUUUUUUUCACUCACUUAGCUAUUUGAGAAUAAUGGCCCAACAACAAUACCUCUACAAACUUGCAAUUCAUAUUCUAUCAAAACGUUAAGUAAAUCGGAAGCGAUGAUCUCUCCAUCUAAGCAGCUUGCAUGUCAACCUUUUUCCUCUCUCUUUCUAUUUUUGUUAGGUAUGUGGAGCUAAACACAAAGUUUAGUGGAGGCUACAAGCGUUACAGCUUGACCCUACCCAAAUACCUGCACAACAAACCAAGACCUUUCCUAAACCACUGUGAGAAGCGGAUAAAACAUGCAAGCGAAGUUCAAUCAAAACACAUCAGAGAAGAAGAAGGCGGAAAUUUCAAAGUCCAGUCCCAGACAGAUGAAGUUUGGUACGAUCUUUCUUUUGGUUCUGAGAAUAUCAUGCCAAGAUGUACCUGUCCUGAUUUUUGCCACACUGGGCUGCUAUGUAAGCAUUUUUUUGCAAUAUUUGACCUGUAUCCAAUGUGGCAGUGGGAUGCAUUACCAGAAAAGUUCCGACAAAACCCUCACAUCUCACUAGACUGGGAACAUGUCUUUGUUGAUGCUAAUAAAUAUAAAGCUACCGAUGAGUCCACUGAGGAAGGAAAUAAUGGCAUUGGCGAAAAUCUUAAAAGGGAUCUACAAGGUCAAAGAACUGGCAUACCCAGGCAGAGAACCAGAAAUCCUGAAGACCCAAUAAGGCAGGAAGCAAUGGUGUGUAGAGAGAAACUAAAAGAGCUAACAUCAAUAACAUACAACAUUGAAAAUUUAAAUGGCCUUAAGGAACUUAAUACUUCUCUGGAAUUAUUAGUCAACAAGUUUAAAAAAUGCCAAACAAUUGAUGAAAAGGAAAACUUUCCACAGACAUUGCUCAACAAACAGGUUAAGUCAAAUGGUAAAUCAUCUGCUGAGCAUUACCUUCCACUACCUGUGCGGCCCAAGAAAAACCGGUACAAAAACAGAGUUGGGGCAUUUGCAUCUAUGAUGCAAAAGCACUACAAAGUGAAUGUCCCUGUGAAUGGUGCCUCUAGUACCUCUGACAAAACCCAAACCAAAAAGAGUCUGAAAAGAAAAACAAAUCAGGCCUCAAAUAUUCCACACCAGCUAAGAAACAACGACGAGACUGGGGACAACCACCCCAGAAUGUGCCGACACUGA